CCCACUUGAGGGUUAAGGACAGAGCCAUGGGGAACACCUUUAACAAAUGUCACGAUAACAGAGCACAUCAACUCUUACGAUGAUGCGGGAUUAUAAUGGGGUCAAGGACUGACCUCAGGGGGACACAGAACAGAACCCUGGGGGACACUUCGAAUGGGUAUACAGUAUGUACUACGUCGCCAAAAGUGAGCAUAAAGUUGGGAGAAAUAGGGACCAAGGAUAGAACCAUGGCGGACACCUUUAAUGUGUCUAUGUACUUGUGCACAAUCACACAGUACAGUAGCCUUAGGGAUGACAUUGAGGGUGAUGGGGACCAAUCAUAGACCCCAGCGGGACGCAUCAAAAGAGAAGGCAACGGUGAAAGCCCAAAUUGCCCAUUUAAGAAACCAGAAACUUUUUGGUUUAUCACCUUCAAGAACCUGAUGAAGAGAACAACUUCAGAGGAAAGAGGGUGCAUGGUCUCGGUUACUGUGUUGACAGGAACACUAACCUCCUGCCAACCAUCUUCUGGUUAAAAGACCACUAUCACCCGCCCCCUCACCACAAAAUUUUGUCUGAAAAACAAUGAGGUCACACGCUAAGGCACAGUUUGACACAUUCAUCCAUCCGUCUUGCACAAAGUGAGAACUUUUAGCGGCACAGAAAAGAACGACAUAGAUCAAACAGUGUGCUUCCGAGGCAACCUCAAGAUGAUUCUAUUGAAUAUUUGUACAUUCCUUGCGCUGUUCCUGCCCCGAGGCACGUAUCAGUACUGCACAACAGGCUCCCCCAAGGAGUGUCUCCAGGCAGACAUGGCUCCAGGUACCAAUCUGGCCGGGGAAGGCUUCGAUAUCACAGAGAUGAAGCGCAAAGGAGCGUUUGUUCUCGACAUGAAUCGGUGGAAACGGAAGGACAAAACAUGCACCCUGUGCAGCAAUCUCUUCCUGGAGAACGUGAAGCAAAAGAUUCCCCUGUCCGUGUUGGACUGGAGGGCAGUGCAUUCUUGCAACUUCAAGGUGGCCAGCACCAUUCAUCGGUCAAGUGAGGCUUUCGUCGACUCCGUCACCUCUACAGUGGAAAACAACUGGAAAUCCAGUCUGGAAUUGAACGUUAAGAAUUACGCGGGAAAAGUCAUGCUGGCUGGCACCAAAUCAAAAAUGGCCCAGUAUGCAAUGGAGAAAUCAAAGAGUGACAAGUACAACUUCGCCAGCCAAAAAAUCUCCUGCGAGUACUACAGCUACCGAGUGUCCAACAAGGCUCAACUGCAGAGUGAAUUUCGAAAGGCAUUAAAGGAGCUCCCAAAGACCUACAGCCCUCAAUACAAGCAACGUUAUUACAGACUGAUCGGCGACUUUGGCACCCAUUACAUCAGAAAGGUGAAACUGGGAGGGUCUGUCCAGUCCGUGACCAGCAUCAAGCAGUGCCAGGCAAGCCUGCAGGGCCUCAGCGCGGACGAGGUGAAUAUGUGCCUGGAGGCCGAGGCUUCCGCCACCAUUGGAGCGACUGUAGAAGCUCAGUCCAAACACUGCAAGAGCGACAUCGAGAAGACAGAGAGAAAGGCAGAGUUCUCCAGCCUCUUUAAUGACAGGUUGACAGAUGUAAAGGGAGGUCGCACAACAGAAAUGGACCUCCUGUUCUCUGCCAAAAAGGAGCCAUCCGCCUACAAGGAAUGGCUCAACACGCUGCCUCACUAUCCCGACAUUAUAUCGUAUUCCCUGGGGUCCCUGCACGAGCUGGUGCCGACUAACAGUCCUGUUCGAAAGAACCUGCGCUUGGCCAUAAGUCACUACAUCCUGGAGCGGACUCUGAUGAGGAACUGCAGCGGGAGCUGUCGGGCCGGCAUCAACAGCAAUUCCCAGGACCCCUGCGUCUGCCAGUGCCACAACGAACAUGGCGUAAACACGGACUGCUGUCCAACCCGUAAGGGCAUGGCCCGCGUCAUCAUCACCAUCCAACGGGCCCAGGGUCUUUGGGGCGAUCAUACCACAGCCACUGAUGCCUACGUCAAGGUGAUUUUCAACAAACGAGAGCAGCGUUCGCCUGUCAUUUACAACAACAACAACCCCCACUGGGGCACCGUCGUGGACCUGGGCACUCAGGACUUGUCAGUGGAACCGAAAGUCACAUUUGAGGUUUGGGAUCAGGACAAUAACUGGGAUGACGAUCUUCUGGGAAAAUGCGAGCAAGUAUUGACGGAAGGCGUGAAGACGGAUGUGUGCGCCAUGGGCCACGGAAGGUUUUUCUACAAGUGGGAUGUGAAUUGUGCACCCAGUCUGGGCGGCAGGUCGUGCACCACCUACAAGCCUUCACCUAUGAGUCAAAGUUUGAUGAGCUUGUACGUGUCCCGCCAUGCUCAUCCCGUUCCACAAGCUACCCUGCAGAAGAUGGGCGUUUUUGUGAACGGUUGGAGCACAAAGACAAACCAGAGUCUCAAUGAUGUGCUUUAAACAAGCAAAUGAGAAAAACCAAGAGAGUUUUACAGCAAUUAAAGCAGAUUUUUGCCAA